AUCCCCUAACAUCCUCCACUUCCACAACAAUGGCUAACAACGAAAAUCAACAGGGCUGGCUUCCAGUAGAGAAUAGCAGGGAUUGCUCCCUGGGCUUCUGCACCAUCGACUGCCCUCAAUGGUGCUACGUCCUCUUCCCUCCUCCUCCUCCCUUUUCCCUCACCAACAGCUUCAACAACCACGCCACCGCCUUCUCGCCUAUGUCCAUCGCCAUCAUCGGCAUCUUCGCCACUUUCUUUCUCCUCGUCACCUACUACACAAUCGUCACCAAUUUCUGCGGUUCCUUCUGCUUCCACCUUAAUCACUCCCACCACCGCUCAACCCCCAACGGCAACUUUGAAGAGGAAGAAACCGCUAGCGGCGGUGAGAAUUAUCAUCAAGAGAGUUGGUAUCUACCUCCUUCAAAUGGUCUCGACGAGGCGCUCAUCAGAAAGAUCACAGUUUGCAAAUAUAAGAGAGGGGAGGGGCUCGUUGAGGGCACGGAGUGCUCAGUCUGCCUCUCCGAGUUUAUAGAAGGUGAAUACCUUCGGCUUCUUCCUAAAUGCAGCCACGCAUUUCAUCUUCAUUGCAUUGACAUAUGGCUCCGGUCUCACUCAAACUGCCCACUCUGCCGAGUUAAUAUCCUGUUGCCGAGUCUAGCUUUAGAGGAUGAUAUCAGGGGGGAGAACAGAGCAGCUUCGGCUGCAGAAAAUGAGCAGGAGUCUGUCGUUAUUCUCGUAAGAGAUUUGGAUUUGGACAGGAGAGAAGAUGAAGAGAAAGAGAAUAUGAUCAAGGAUUUUGAGGCGAUAAAGAAGGAGAAGGAUCGCCAUAGGCUUGUCGCCGCUGGACCUUCAAGGCGAGGCAGGGGAGAACGUGUGAAGGUUAAAAAUGGUAGAAGCAGAGGUUUGCAUUCUGUCAUGAGCCCAGUUCGCAUGAAGAGAUCGGUUUCUAGUGGUCGAACUUGGUUUGUAAGGAAAGGUAAGGGAAGGGCAUUGCUUCUUCCAGUUGAGGGAAAUACUUCAAUUGGUUAAUGGAAGUGAGAUAAGAAAGAAGCUUUGCUUGGAUUAUUCAAUGGAGUUCUAUCCUGCAUUACUUUGGUAUAAUAACCAAAUGUUUUUGCUUGAAUCGUUUCAUGAAUUGUACUGUAAGGGGCUUGCCUUCGGAUGUUGAAGAUUGAUCUCAGACUGAUUUCAGCUAAAGAUUGAAUCUGUAUUUUAGAGAUCUUUCCUGAAGACGGAGAAUCCAACCCUUGAAACUUAACAGAGAGUAAUGUGAUGUAAUCCAUCCUUGCGAGUGUGUGA